AGGUCCCAUGAUCAUGCUUUGUUUUUCUUCCUACCUGGGGCUGUGAACUGGGAGAUCUCGGGCCCUUUCCUUCCUUGUAAGAGGAUACUGCAGAAAGGAUUUGGAAGCCUGUUCUCUGAGUUCUGAUACUGUUUGCCAGAGAAAAAUCAGCUUUCUUUGGGACGGAUGAGUAUUACUGUGAGAGAGUCCACAGGGGUGUGAGCAAGAUGGAGGCUGACCUGUCUGGCUUUAACAUCGAUGCCCCCCGGUGGGACCAGUGCACUUUCCUGGGGCGGGUGAAGCACUUCUUCAACAUCACUGACCCCCGCACCAUCCUCGUACCUGAGCGGGAGCUGGACUGGGCCAAGGCGACAGUGGAGAAGAGCAGGAUGGGGGUCGUGCCCCCAGGCACCCGGGUGGAGCAGCUGCUGUAUGCCAAGAAGCUGUAUGACUCGGCCUUCCACCCUGACACUGGGGAGAAGAUGAACGUCAUCGGGCGGAUGUCCUUCCAGGUCCCUGGUGGCAUGAUCAUCACAGGCUUCAUGCUCCAGUUUUACAGGACAAUGCCGGCGGUGAUCUUCUGGCAGUGGGUGAACCAGUCCUUCAAUGCCUUGGUCAACUACACCAACAGGAACGCGGCUUCCCCCACAUCAGCCAGGCAGAUGGCUUUGUCCUACGUCACAGCCACGAGCACCGCCGUGGCCACCGCCGUGGGCAUGAACAUGCUGACCAAGAGAGCGCCCCCGCUGGUGGGCCGCUGGGUGCCCUUUGCUGCUGUGGCUGCAGCCAAUUGUGUCAAUAUCCCCAUGAUGCGACAGCAGGAACUCAUCCAGGGCAUCUGCGUGAAGGACAGGAAUCACAGUGAAAUCGGUCAUUCUCGGAGAGCUGCAGCCGUGGGCAUCACCCAAGUGGUUAUUUCUCGGAUCACCAUGGCAGCCCCUGGCAUGAUCUUGCUGCCGGUGAUCAUGGAAAGGCUGGAGAAACUGCAUUUCAUGAAGAAGGUCAAGGUCCUGCAUGCCCCAUUGCAGGUUGUGCUGUCCGGGUGCUUCCUCAUCUUCAUGGUGCCGGUGGCCUGCGGGCUCUUCCCACAGGAAUGUGAAUUGCCAGUUUCCUAUCUGGAACCAGAGCUCCAAGACACCAUCAAGGCCAAGUAUGGAGAACUCAUGCCUUAUGUCUACUUCAAUAAGGGUCUCUAAAUGCCUCACCCAGCAAGGGCCCAUCCGGGCCCAUCUCCACUGCUCUUCUGUAGCCGCUGUGCACACCUGUGCCCUCAUUCCUCUUUGUCGACAAGGCCCGAAGGCCAGGGUGACCUGGGGGGCAGCUGGCCAGGAGAGGGUGGUUCCUGCGUCCACCUAAGCACCUGUUAUUGGACUCCAGGAAGAGUAAGUGAGAAAAGGGUGCUGAGACCACAGACUUCUGUCCGCUUCCUCCUUCACCACUGUCCCCUCGAGGCCAGAAGCUGAGGUCCUCUCAGGGAGACGGCACUGAUCCUGGGAGAGACUCAAGCAAACCAUUUGGAAAAGUUAGGAAGCCUUCAGGAUUUGGGUUCUAGCCAAGAUUGGUGAACAACCCCUAGGACAAAGAGCUCCUACUCUUCCUCUUCCCUUCCUCCUCUCUCCCCAGCAAUGGAAACUUUUACCCCGUAAGUCUAGCCUAACUCGCAAGAGCAGGGUGAAAGAAUCUUUCCUCGUGCUCCUCUGCACUGCCUGCAGGCAGAGGCAGAAAGCUACUUUGGGAGGCACCGGCAGGUGGCGUGCUGGUUAAGGGGGCUGGACUCCCACACGACUGCUGUGGUUCGAGUCCCAGACUUGGCGGCUUGAUUUCUCACUUCCCCCUCACCCCUGUCUCACACCCAGUCCCUCUCUGGUCAAAUUAAAAGAAAGAAAGAAAGUUAAAUAAAAGAAUUCUUGAAAAAAAAAGAAAGCUGGUUAGGGAAAGCUGAUCAGGUGCCUGGCCAGGAGUUGCUAGUGCUGAAAGGGGACAGUGUGAGGCAGCAGUCCCGUGGUACUUCAAGCCCUGCCUGUCAGCACUGACUGUUCUGCCCUAAAACCAUGUCUGUGCCAACCCCGUGGCCUCAUGGUUAAGGAAGCCAGAUCUCACAUGGCCAGCGAUGCAAUUCAAAUCCUGGCCCUGGUGGCCUGAGAAACACACCAGAUGUGUGUGCCAGCAUGCCCCAGAUCGUGACAGAGAGGGACGCGUGGUGGGGCCAUGCCCCACUGGGAGGUGCUCUUUCCUC